ACAAGACAGUAUGGCAUUGACUUUAGUAUCAGCGUUUGUCUAAGUGCUGACAACUGUGAAUUUGAAAUGAGCCUACUCGAUAAUGUUACUGUUACAAAGCCUUUAUGUAAAUUGGACACUGAUUUCUUAAUACCUGACUUUUCGUUUGAAACCUGGCUUCAGUCACAAAAUAUGGAAAAUCUUAAUGAUAUACCUGAAGAUUUGAUUUCUAAAUUGAUGAAAGAAACAGGCCUAUAUGGGUUUUUGAGCUCCAAAAAAUGCAAUCGUUCACUAACACCGUAUUCCCCAACGACAGAUGGGUGGAGAUCAGAUUGCCAAUCCGAAGUAGAAACACCACAUUUAUCAUCGCCAAUCUCAUGCACAGUUCUAGACAUUUGCACAGGCUUCCAGUGUUGCGUUGAUGUUGAUACUUUAAAACGCUCAUUUGAAGUUAAAGUUCAGCUAGACAUUUGUAAAUAUCAACUUGACAUCGAACUCGAAAAAAUGCACGUCAGUGUACCGCUGAUAGAUUACGAAUAUAGUAAGUUUUUCCAUGUCUUUAGAUGA